AUGGAGGGCCAGGGUGCUGUGCGAGCCUCCAGUAUCUUCCCCAUCCUCAGUGUGAUCCUGCUCUUCAUGGGGGGGCUCUGUAUAGCUGCCAGUGAGUUCUACAAGUCACGCCACAACAUCAUCCUCAGCGCGGGCAUCUUCUUCGUCUCCGCGGGCCUCAGCAACAUCAUCGGGAUCAUCGUGUACAUAUCAGCCAACGCGGGGGACCCCUCCAAGAGCGACUCCAAGAAGAACAGCUACAGUUACGGCUGGUCCUUCUACUUCGGGGCGCUGUCCUUCAUCAUGGCAGAGAUGGUGGGGGUCCUGGCCGUGCACAUGUUCAUCGAUCGGCACCGGCAGCUCCGGAUAGGGGCCCGAGCCGCAGACUACCUCCAGGGCUCAGCCAUCACACGCAUCCCCAGCUACCGCUACCGCUACAGACGCCGGUCUCGGUCCUCGUCGCGCUCCACGGACCCCUCUCACUCGCGGGACGCCUCCCCGGUGGGGCUCAAAGGCUUCAGCGCGCUCCCCUCCACCGAGAUCUCCAUGUACACGCUGCCCCGCGACACCCUCAAGUCCUCCGGCACGCCCACCGCCACCUACAACUCCGAGCGGGACCACGCCAACUUCCUGCAGGUCCACAACUGCAUCACGAAAGAUCUCAAAGACUCCAGCCAUAGCAACACAGCCAACCGCCGCACCACGCCUGUAUGA